AUGGCAUUCGGAUCAUACGACGAUGAUUCUAAGAGGAAAAGGAGGUACGUAGUUAUCUCCAUCUCAUCUGUUCUUCUUGUUUCUAUGGUUGUCGCCGUUACCAUCGGCGUUAGCGUCAAUAGCGAUAACGGAACUAAAGAAGAGAUCACGGCUUCCGUUAAAGCCAUCAAAGAUGUCUGCGCGCCAACGGACUACAAGAAGACUUGUGAAGAUACUCUAAGGAAAGAUGCAAAGGACACAUCGGACCCGUUGGAGCUUGUGAGGACAGCGUUUAACGCAACGAUGAAACAGAUAAGUAACGUGGCAAAGAAGUCACUAACUAUGAUUGAGCUACAAAAGGAUCCAAGGACGAAGAUGGCUUUGGAUCAAUGCACGGAGCUAAUGGAUUUUGCAAUCGGCGAGCUUAGUAAAUCUUUUGACGAGUUGGGAAGGUUCGAGCUUCACAAGGUUGACGACGCAUUGAUUAAGCUAAAGGUUUGGCUCAGCGCGACGAUUAGUCAUGAGCAAACUUGUCUCGAUGGGUUUCAAGGGACACAAGGUGAUGCAGGUGAGACGAUGAAGAAGGCAUUGAAAACCGCGGUUCAGUUAACACAUAACGGGCUUGCAAUGGUCAGCGAGAUGUUGAAUUACUUGGGACAAAUGGAGUUGCCGGAGAUGAAUAGUCGCCGGCUGCUGUCUCAAGAGUUUCCUUCGUGGGUGGAUGGGCGCGUGCGUAGGCUCUUGAAUGCACCCUUGUCUGAGGUCAAACCAGAUAUGGUUGUGGCUCAGGACGGAAGCGGUCAGUACAAGACGAUCAACGAGGCAUUGCGAAAUGUCCCCAAGAAGAAUAAUGCAACCUUCGUGGUUCACAUUAAGAGUGGAACCUAUAAAGAAUAUGUUCAGGUGAAUAGGACCAUGCCAAAUCUUGUUUUCAUCGGUGAUGGCCCUACCAAAUCUAUAAUUUCCGGCAACAAAAGUUUCAAGGACGGUAUUACCACAUACCGUACAGCCACCGUUGCAAUCAUUGGAGAUAAUUUCAUUGCCAAGAACAUGGGGUUCGAGAACACAGCCGGGGCAUUAAACUAUCAAGCGGUUGCCGUUAGGGUUCUGUCAGACGAGUCCAUAUUCUACAACUGUAGAUUUGAUGGUUACCAAGACACUCUCUACGCACAUUCCCACCGUCAGUUUUACAGGGACUGUACUAUAACAGGCACCAUCGACUUCCUCUUUGGAGACGCAGCCGCGGUGUUCCAGAACUGUACAUUACUAGUAAGGAAACCACUCGCGAACCAGGCAUGUCCUAUAACCGCCCACGGACGUAAAGACCCGAGGGAGUCCACAGGGUUUGUGCUCCAAGGGUGUACUAUUGCUGGUGAAGCGGAUUACUUGGCGGUCAAGGAAACUAGCAAAGCUUAUCUUGGAAGGCCGUGGAAAGAGUAUUCAAAAACUAUCAUUAUGGAGACGUUCAUACCGGAUUUUAUUCCCGGUGAAGGAUGGUCGCCGUGGCAAGGGAACUUUGGUCUUGACACGCUCUUUUAUUCGGAGGUGAGGAACACUGGACCGGGUGCAGCUGUGGCGAACCGGGUUACUUGGCAAGGAAUCAAGAAGUUGAGUGAAGAAGAGAUUGUUGAAUACACUCCAGCUAAGUAUAUACAAGGUGACGAUUGGAUUCCUGGUAAAGGUGUUCCUUACACGCCCGGUUUUUUCGCCGGGAACGGUUCAGCAACUGGUGCCGGUUCCUCCAACUCCACAACUACCGGUUCAAGCGAACCGGGCUCGACAAACUCUACAACAGGGUCAGAUUCUCCAGCGGCUUCCCCAGGAGCCUCACCCGUCACUGAAAGUGGCUUAGGGUCUCCUUCGGCUACUCCUUCAGCUUCACCAACAGCUUCUCCUUCAGCUUCACCGUCAGCUACUCCUUCAGCUUCACCAUCAGCUUCACCAUCAGCUUCUCCAUCGGCUACUCCUUCAGCUUCACCAUCAGCUUCUCCAUCGGCUACUCCUUCAGUUUCACCAUCAGCUUUUCCAUCGGCUACUCCUUCAUCUUCACCAUCAGUUUCUCCAUCGACUGCUCCUUCAGCUUCACCUUCGGCUACUCCUUCAGCUUCUCCAUCGGCUUCCCCUUCGGUUUCGCCUUCUAUUUCGCCGGAAAGCUCUGUUUAAGAUUUGUGUCUAACUAGAGGUCGUGUGUAUGUAUCUUUUGCUUUUUACUCAAGAAAAUGAUAAAAAGCUUGAGGAUUUUGUAAAUGAGUAUAUGAUUAGCUUUGUAAAUUCAUGUUAAGUCUAUCUAAUUUAAAUUGCGGGUAUUCACUAAUCCGUAUAAAAAAUUUCAAAGUAAAAAACAGAUUUUUGAAAGAAAA